AUGUACCCGAACAAGGAAGCCAGCAGGUGUUCCUUUUGCAACAGGAACUGCGCUGUUUGUGGAAGCUUCUCAGUCUGUGACCUGUGCUUCCAGGACACAGUCGACAACACGUAUGUGAUUGACGAGACAGAUGGCAGCUGCACAGAGGUCAAGAGCAGCUUCUUCAAGCAGUAUUAUUGGUGGUGCCUUUCUGGGUCGAUCUUUGGCGGGCUCGUUGCAUGCGGGUGCCUGGUGUCCAUUUGCGACUGGUUGUGUACAAAGUGCUGCUUUGGUAGUCGAAGGUUUCAGCACUUCAACUCGGAUUCUGACAUCGAUUGA